GAGAGGGGGCGGGGCCAGGCCGCGCCCCGGUUCCGCAGCCAAUCGGAGCGCCAGGGGCUGCGCGCGGCGCCCGCGGCCGCCAUCUUGUGGGAGGGCAGAGGCGAAGGGCAGAGCGCGGCGGGGACGGCGGCGGCCGAGGAUAAGUAGCCAUGGCUGGCCAUGACUCGGGAUCUCAGCACCAGUUCACUGGAUUUCAGAAGUACUUCAAUUCCUAUACCAUCAUAGGCAGGAGGAAUUAUGUAAUAGCAACAUACACAGGUGUUGCACUCCUUGUCUUAUAUUUCAAGUUUAGGCCUAAGAAGCAAACUCCUGCUGUGACAGAUAAGUAAAAGGUCCUGGCAUGUCUGAACCUCCAGUCUGUGUCAAUGUAAUGCAAGCUGAUGACCUCUUGUGGCUAAUAAAAUAUAAAUAAUUACUUGUUUUAUUGAAAAUACGAAAUAGCCUAAAAAAGCUCAA